GAUAUUACGUAAUUUCCGCGGGUGUCCGGAAGUUGAGAUGGGGCCGAUGGAUUGUUCGUAGUGUUGGAAAUAUUGUCAAAAUCUCACUAUUAAUAAUCAAGACACUAUCGAGAGGACUCAUAUUUAAAGAACUGAUCGCUUAAAAACUCCUGAAUAAAUGACCUGGUCACCCACUUAGAAGAAGUGGAUCUCACACGAGGCCAUGGAUAAGGACAUGCUAGGAGGGGUUGCGGAUCCGAUGGUGGCCGGGGCAACAGCAGGGAGCGCCACUGCACUGAGUCGAUCGGAGGACGAGGAGUCGGCAGGUGGCAAAGACGUCAAAAGAACAGCAACACAAGCAUUCAGUGGGGUGGUCCCGAAACGCAGAAGCUCUUCUAGGUCCAUCAAGCGGAAGAAGUUUGAUGACGAGCUGGUGGAGAGCAGUCUGGUGAAGUCAUCCAGUCGGGUCAAAGGGCCGCCCGUGAUGGAGCCCGCCCGCUUCUCCGGGAGCGAGACCUCCUCGGCCGAGAAAAAGAAGGUGUCCAAGUCCAGCAUGUUGCCGGCGCCCCCCAUGGCCGCCGUGGUGACACCGUUACCCAUCACCAAGCGGGUGAAGAAGAGCCGGCAGCCGCUGCAGAUCACCAAGGAUCUGGGCCGCUGGAAGCCCGUGGACGACCUGCUGCUCAUCAACGCCGUGCUGCAGACCACGGACCUGACCGCAGUCCACCUGGGCGUGAAGUUCAGCUGCCGGUUCACCUUACGGGAAAUCCAGGAGCGGUGGUACGCCCUGCUGUACGACCCAGUCAUCUCUAAGUUAGCCUGGCAGGCCAUGCGGCAGCUCCAUCCAGAAGCCAUUGCAGCCAUCCAGAGCAAAGCCCUCUUCAGCCAGGCAGAGGAGGCCCUGCUGGCCAAGAUCGGCUCUUCAACCCAGCCCAAGCUCGAGGUGUUCCAGGACUUGCUGAACAAGCACCCGGGUGUGUUCUACCCCUCCCGCACCCCCAAGAGCCUCCUGGUGCACUGGCAGCUGCUCAAACAGUACUACCUGCUGGAUGACCAGAGCGUUCAGCCUCUGCCUAAAGGAGACCAAGUGCUCAAUUUCUCCGACGCCGAGCAGCUGGUGGACGAGGCCAAGCUGAAGGAAAGCAGGGAUGAGGUGCUGGAGCACGAGCUGAUGAUCGCUGACCGGCACCAGAAGCGAGAGAUCAGACAGUUGGAGCAGGAGCUUCCACGCUGGCAGGUUCUGGUGGACAGCAUCACAGGAAUGAACUCCCCUGACUUUGACAACCAGACUUUGGCAGCGUUACGCGGGCGAAUGGUGCGCUACCUCAUGAGGUCCAGAGAGAUCACAUUGGGCCGGGCCACCAAGGACAAGCAGAUAGAUGUGGACCUGUCUCUGGAGGGGCCCGCCUGGAAGAUCUCCAGGAAACAAGGGAUCAUCAAGCUGAAGAACAACGGGGACUUCUUCAUCGCCAACGAGGGCCGCAGGCCCAUCUACAUCGACGGGAGACCAGUACUGUCAGGGAACAAGUGGAAACUCAACAACAACUCUGUGGUGGAGAUUGCGGGCCUUCGCUUUGUCUUCCUCAUCAACCAGGAGCUGAUCGCCCUCAUCAAAGCCGAGGCAGCCAAGAUGAACCAGCAGUGAGGGCGGGGGGCCAGGGGCCAGGGGAC